UUCCCCCAUCGUCAUUCGUACGUGAAGCAAUUUUGACAAACAGCUGCUCGUAAGUAGUAGUAGAAAUUUUCCUUCGCAUUGUUUUGAUUGUCAAGGAAAAGUCUUGAAGUCUCGUGCAAGUUUUUUGUGUGCAGCUCCCCAAGUUGCGUGAAAAUCUAGUCAUCAGCUAAAAGAAAAAAACCAAAAAAAUAAUUAGAAAAAUGUGCGGCGGAUACUCGUGCAGCAAAAAUACUCUUAUCGGACUCAACAUAUUCUAUGUGAUGCUCGGAAUUUUGUUGAUUUACAUCUCAAAAGUUGCAACGGGAGUGAUUUCUUUGCCGAUAAUUGGAGGAAUUCUCGCUUGUGGCAUCAUUUUGAUCCUGAUCUCGAUUCUUGGUCUCGUUGGAGCUGUGAAACAUCAUCAAGUUAUUCUCUUUUUCUACAUGAUAAUCCUCUUUGUGCUCUUCGUGAUCCAAUUUUCGAUCGCUUGUAGUUGUUUAGCGGUGAAUUCCGAACGGCAAAAACAUCUCGCUGAGGAAGCAUGGACUACUUUACCGAACGUAACAAAGGCAGAUUUGCAGGAAAAGUUCGAUUGUUGCGGUUUGUCGUCAAAUUUGAUCAAUUCAAGCGCCAACGAACAUCCCUCCUGUCUCAAAUUGGCAUGUUGCAAGUUGGAUCAAGCGGAUAAUUGCACGAAAAAUUGUCAACCGUGUCUUCCAAAGUUGGAAAAAACCAUCGAUGAUUCGUUCCGCAUGGCAGGAAGUUUGGGACUUUUCUUCAGUUUCACCGAACUAGUUGCAAUUUUCAUCACGAAACGCUAUCGGAACCAACUUCAUCCGUAUUAUCUUCCAAGUCAUGCAGUCUUUCCCGGCGAAAAUCAUCAAUAUUGAUAGAAAAAUGUGAAAAAAAACGGAGAUUGUUGAGAUUAGAAGACUACUUGAAUAAUUUGACGGACUGUUUAAUCUUUUUAAAAGAUAUUAACUUGAAUCUAUAGAACAAAAAAAAAAAUAUUUUUAGCUGAUAAGUUUAAUAUUUAUAUACCAACAGAUUUGCUCAUUUUUUAAUUUUUUUACACGUUUGAGAUUAUUUUUUAAUUAUUUGUAAUAUUUUCGAAUAAAAUUUAAAAAAGUUUAGUAGACA